CGACGGUGGCUCUCGUGAGAUUCAUCUCGCGGUGUCACGCGAUCCCGCAACACACACCACGCAGCUUUGCACUUCUUCUUUACCACAUGGCGAUGAAAAGUCUCUUAAAUCCUCAAUUCCCACAGAUGAAAUACAGCAUUGCCGAUUACUGGACAAACUUCUAUUGCGAGGGGCAAAUUAAACAACAUUACUGCUGCAUUCUUUUGCGGAGCUCAAAAAUUAAAUAAUGAAAGGGAGUUUCUUAGAAGUUGGGACUCUUGUCUUUCUUUUGAUGAGCUACUUUUGCUCUGCUCGACUGCAACGGUUUGAUCCAGAGAAGGAGGUUAAUAUUUCUAAGUGCUGGGCGCCUGGGAAAUUCAAUAAACCAGCAGUUAUCCCUGCUCCUGUGUUCCGGGUGGAUGAGAAUAAUUUGAGUUUCGAAGGAUGCGGCCAAUGGAAAUAUUCGAGUGACGCUGGCAAAAAUAUUCCUCCAUGGUCAAUCACUCUGAAGGUUAUGUACUCUAAUGCUUACUGCCGUGGAGUGGUCGUCUCAGAUAGAACAAUUAUAUCAUUUGAUUAUUCUUACGCUGUUUAUGAAAAGAUGAAUGACGGAGAGAUCGUUUCACUUCACAAAGGGGCUUGUGCUAAUAAGAAAGAUAAAAACGAGUGUUUCUGGGACCAAGCCUUGCUCCAACGAAAGGUCUUAAGUGUGAAGAAAGUAGAGACGAAUUUAUUUGCUGAAAAAUACUCCUUGCCAUUGUUCGUGUGGACCGUUGAAAAGCUGGAACUUUCUGACAUAUUGAGACCCGUCUGCUUGUGGAAUGGAGACAACCAGAAUGACCAGUCGCUGAUAUACUACGCUAAUAAUUUAUUUGAGGAAAAUUUGAAAAGAGUGGAGUUGUUGGCAUUGGAAGAGUGUCUGCCUGAUAAAACGGCCCUUGGGAAGUGUGGCCUGUACAGACAGGCGAUUUGUUUGUCAGGGUUUAGCAGACUCGCCUACAUGGUUCAAUUGUUGGUAAAAAGCAACGAACGCUUCUAUCUGAGAGGAAUGUUUGCCAACUUUCUUACUCAAGGAUCGAACAUCGUUGCAAUCGACCUGCUACCAAAAACUGUGGAAAUUGUGGAAGCAUCCUCUGGCUUGACGGUCAUGCGGCCUGUACCUCAGCCAAAAACCAAAAUCGACUUCGGUGAUGGUCAAAGCUUUGUCAACUGCGGCCAAUCGGUGCCCCAGAGACGGAAAAGGGAGAAAAUUGGUGCAGUUGCAGGUUUCAUCCUCUUCGGCGAGCCUGUCAAGAAGACGUCAGAAAACCCAUGGCACGCCACCUUGUCACUCCGCUUAGAUGAGGAUUUUUUUGUCAAGCACUUUUGCGGCGCUACACUCAUUUCCAGAAGAGUCCUCAUCACCGCGGCACAUUGUUUAUUUAUUGAAAACAAACUAAUGCAGCCGGAAAAAUUGGAAGUGGUGCUUGGCUUGCUUGAAUUCUCGAAGAGCAAUGAAAAUUCGCGACAGGCCGUGAUGGCCUCCAAUUUGAUGGUCCACCCUGGCUACAAUGCAAGCAGCGAGAAAUUCAUAGACGACAUAGCUUUGAUUUUGGUUGCCGAAAAUCAGAUUCAAAUAAAUAACAAUGUGCGACCCAUUUGUCUUUGGAAUGAUGACUAUCAACUCAACAAAAUCACCAAUACUACUGGAAAAGUUGUUGGUUGGGGUUUGACAGCCAACCACACGCAGCCAGAAAUUCUGCAGCAGGCAAAUUUGAAAGUGGCCACUUACGAAGAGUGCUACAAAAGCAGAAGGUCUUUUAUGUCCACUCAUUUGCGCCCUGGCCAAAAUUUCUGUGCGGGUUUUCCUCAUAACCAGACAAAUGCAUGUCGUGGGGACAGUGGAGGUGGGUUUAUUAUUUUGAAAAAUGACAGGCGUUUCUUGCGUGGCAUCGUCAGUUUCGGACGCAUCAGGACCGUAACUCUACCUGAAAACAAAAAGUUGAUCACUUGUGAUCCGAGUGCGUACUCCAUCUACACUGACACCACAAACUACAUACAAUGGAUCGUUGAUCUCACGCCUGACAUCAACGUUUGA